GUGACAUUCCUUCACCUACCACGCCAGUUUCGCUUGUGUGUUCUCCCACUCUUAAGCUUGCAUUUGUGGCAGUGUUAGUAUAGUGUGCAUAGCUCCCAUCUCUCGUUCUUUAAUCGUGCAGCGUUUGGGUCGAACCAAAAACAGGAUGAAACCGGCGUUAACUCUGUGUCUGGCGGCCAUCUUGGCGAUUUCGGCUGUGGUCGAAGCGCGGUUGAGCAUCUGUUCCUCGACUGCAGAGUGUCCACCACGUCAUCAGUGUGUUCGAAAUAAGUGCUCUGACAAGUGUAACACCAUGAGCGACUGCCGACCCGGCCUGGGGUGCAUCCUCGGCCGCUGCAAAGACCUGUGUGAGGGCGCCUGCGGUAAAGCUGCCAUAUGUAACGUCAUACUCAACGAGGCUGUGUGUGUUUGUCCUGGAGGCCAUGCGGGAAACCCACUAGAAGAGUGUGUUCCUGCUUUGGGCCGAAUCCCUUGUUGCAACAGAACACCGGAACCCCCGACACAGACGAACAAUACAGGAUCUGAGGACGAGAGUGAAGUCCACUAAUUACUCAGUAGUUACUUGUAUCCUUAACUGAUUCUCAUACGUUAUUUGAUGUUUCAAAUUCUGAAGUUAAUGUUAUAUUAAAAUGAGCAUUUAUUGUUGAAGUUGAUAAAUAAGUGGGAUGUAUAGCUGAAGUUUUAUUGUUGAAUGUGAUAAAUAAAUGAAAUAUAAAGUUGAGAAGCUUA